CAACCUCUCACGAUACAAGAACCCAUCAAAAUUUAAUGCCACACUCUUUCUCCUCUUACUCCUUUCCUUUUUCUUGAAAUUAAAUGCUUGGCACCUCCCCAACCAUCUGCUAACCAAACUCCCCUUCAAUGCUUUCUCCCUUCCUCGCUCCAUCUCUUUAUAUAUUUCUGCAUCUAUCUGUCUUUCUUGAUAAGCACCUUAGCUUCUUCGUUUCCUUUGUAGGGUUGUAGCUGUAGUUGCUUCUUAUUGUUUCUUGUUUCUUGUUCUUGCCUACGAAGAAACUUUUCUUUGGCUGUAAUGGCUCCUGCUGCUUCUUUCAAUGAAUCAUCGAAUACCGUUUGUGUAAUGGAUGCUUCUGGGCGUUUGGGCACCACCCUUGUCCACAGGCUUUUGCAUAGAGGAUACAAUGUCCAUGCUGCAGUCCAAGACCAUGGCAAAUUGGAAUACUUUGAAGAGUUGUCUUCUUGCAAUAGCAAUAAAUUGAGAGUUUUCUAUUCUGAUCCCUUUGAUUAUCACAGCAUAAUGGAUGCACUAAAGGGAUGUUGUGGCUUGUUCUAUUCCUUUGAACCUCCAUCAGAUCAACCUAACUAUGAUGAAUUUAUGGCUGAUGUAGAGGUAAGGGCAGCACAUAAUGUCCUAGAAGCAUGUGCCCAAACGGAAACCAUACACAAAGUUGUCUUCGCCUCCUCUGCUACUGCUGUUAUAUGGAGUAAUGAUCGGAAUAAGACGUCUGAUGAUCUUGAUGAGAGGAACUGGAGUGACAUUAAUUUCUGCCGGAAGUUCAAGUUAUGGCAUGCAAUGUCAAAGGCACUAGCAGAGAAGACAGCUUGGGCCCUAGCAAUGGACCGAGGGAUCAACAUGGUCAGCAUCAAUGGUGGACUCAUCACGAGUCCUGAUCUAACAAUUGCAAAUCCUUAUUUGAAAGGAGCAGCUGAGAUGUACGAAGAUGGGGUGUUCGUCACUGUGGAUCUGAGCUUCAUUGUUGAUGCGCACAUUUGUGUUUUUGAAGACGUUGCAUCAUAUGGAAGGUACCUAUGCUUUAACCAUGUCAUCAAUUGCAACGAAGAUGCUGUUAAGCUUGCCGCCAUCUUAUUGCCACCCUCCGAAUCUUCGCAUGCUAAAAGUUUUGAAGAUACAAGAGUGCAUCAGCAGAGGAUAAGCAACAAGAAACUGAACAAACUGAUGGUGGAUUUUGACGGUGAGGUUCAAAUAGAUUGAUUUGCAGCAAAAUUAUGCAUGGAAAAUGAUAUAAAUUUUUUGUAACCUUUAGGUUCAUAUUUGAUGUCUGAACUGUUCUUUCAUUAUUUGAAUACUGGAAUUUGCUCGCUGCCAAACAAGGCUGCAACUGUACAAAUUGCAGUUGUCUAUGUAUCUGCAUAUGCUGUUACAUGAAAAUAUUGAAUUUAGAGGGAGUUAUUUUCAA